CGCACCCAAGUGAGAUGAUGGCGGAGGGGCGGAGCGACGGAGGGACGACAAGCGCAGAGAGAUAAACCCACUCUGAAAUCACCAGGGUCGGGGAUAAAAAUAGUGAAAGCCGCCGUCGCGUUUUCACCGAGCACUGUUUAUAUCUCAUCACUUCAUCAAAGAGAGGGAGGCCAGCCCAGGAUGAACGGCGAUUCAGGUGCCGGGGUGGUGACGGCUCCACCUCCCACCACAGCCCCCCACAAGGAGCGGUACUUUGACCGGGUGGACGAGAGCAGUCCGGAGUACCAGCGAGAGAGAAACAUGGCGCCCGACCUCCGGCAGGACUUUAACAUGAUGGAGCAGAGGAAGCGGGUCUCUAUGAUACUACAGAGCCCGGCAUUCUGCGAUGAGCUGGAAACAAUGAUCCAGGAUCAGCUGAAGAAGGGCAAGACGCCCACGAGCCUGUUGGCUCUGCAGCAGAUCGCAGACUUCAUGACCACCAGCAUGCCCUCCAUGUAUCCCGCGGCACCACAAGGAGGCAUGGCGGCGCUCAACAUGAGUUUGGGUAUGGUGACUCCCGUGAAUGAUCUGCGUGGCUCAGACUCCAUUUCCUAUGACAAAGGCGAGAAGCUGCUUCGCUGCAAGUUGGCUGCCUUUUAUCGACUCGCUGACCUGUUUGGCUGGUCGGAGCUCAUCUACAACCACCUCACAGUCAGGGUGAACUCAGACGAUGAACGCUUCCUAAUUGUCCCUUUUGGGCUGCUGUACAGUGAAGUCACUGCCUCCAGUCUGGUGAAGAUAAACCUUCAGGGGGAGAUGGUCGACCGGGGCAGCACUAAUCUCGGGGUCAACCAGGCCGGCUUCACCCUCCACUCUGCCAUCUAUGCUUCACGGCCGGAUGUCAAGUGUAUCGUACAUAUACACACAGCUGCAGGUGCUGCGGUGUCAGCCAUGAAAUGUGGCCUGUUGCCCAUCUCACCUGAGGCACUGUCUCUGGGUGAGGUGGCCUAUCAUGACUACCAUGGCAUUCUGGUGGACGAGGAAGAAUCUACUCUCAUACAGAGGAACCUCGGGCCUAACAGCAAGGUUCUCAUCCUGAGAAAUCAUGGCUUAGUGACUGUUGGUGAAACAGUGGAGGAAGCUUUCUAUUAUAUCCACAAUCUGGUCACUGCCUGUGAGAUCCAGGUGCGAACACUGGCCAGCGCUGGAGGGCCAGAUAAUCUGGUGAUGCUGGACCCGGGGAAAUACAAGGCACGCCCACGGGUCCCAGAGCCAGCUGGCGAUGGGUCCUCUAUACACCCCAAGUGGCAAGUCGGGGAGCAGGAGUUUGAGGCUCUCAUGAGAAUGCUCGACAACUUGGGCUACAGGACGGGCUACCCUUACCGCUGCCCGUCAUUGCGAGACAAAGCUAAAAAGUACAGUGAUGUGGAGAGCGCUUCCUCAGCCCAUGGUGGUUAUUCAUACGGCGAGGACAGUGACUCAGGUGCUCGCUCCCCGCUGAAACACAGCUUCCAGCGUGGCCAGCGUGACAAGACCCGCUGGGUCAAUGCCGGCGGCCGGCCCGACGAGCCCUAUGAGGACGGGCCCGACGGCAGCAGCCCCAAGUCGAAGCCUAAGGUGUGGACGAACAUAACACACGAUCACGUCAAACCCUUGCUGCAGUCUCUCUCGUCUGGUGUCUGCGUGCCAAGCUGUAUAACCAACUGCUUGUGGACGAAGGAAGAGGGACUCCGCCAGGCUGCCGUAGCCAAUCAGUUCAUCCCAAUGAACACCAACCCGAAAGAUGUCCUGGAAAUGAGGAAUAAGAUCCGGGAGCAGAACCUACAGGACAUAAAGACAGCAGGGCCACAGUCUCAGGUUCUGUGUGCCAGUACCGUGGAACGUACCUUUAACCAGAGAUUGUCAAUCUGGCAGGACGCCCCUCUUUCUGACUGUACAGACACUAUUGAUGGCCUCGAUGUGUCCGAGGGGUCCUAUAGUCCUGCUAAAUCAAUUAGAAAGGGGGAGCUAGUGACCGCAUCCAAGGCCAUCAUCGAGAAGGAGUACCAGCCCAAGGUCAUCGUCAGCAAGCAGGGUCCCAACCCCUUCACCAAACUCACCGACCAGGAGCUGGAGGAAUACCGCAAGGAGGUGGAGCAGAAACAGAAAGGGCCUGAAGUGCAGGAACGAGAUGAUGGUAGGGAGGGAUCAGCCUCCAGCGUACCCUGUCCUGAGCCUGAAACGCUACUGAGGGGUCAGGCCUCGGUCUCCACACCUCUACAGUCUACAGCUGACUCUCCCAGCUUAGAGAGAGCCCCGGCUCCAGCUGCCACACCCGCAACACCGGCGUCUGAGCAGGGCUCUCCUUCCAUCGGCCCCUCAAGCGGGGGGCCUGAACCUCCUCAGAACCUCGUCAAAGCUGCAGAGGCGAUUGUAGAUGAGGUUUUUUCCACCGUGCAGGAGAUUCUUUCAGCUCCAGAUUCCCCUCACAAGGAGUUCCACUGCGCCGUGCUGCGAGCCCUCAGCAAGGAGCCGUUAGUGACGGAUGUGGCAAAGGCAGACCAGGCUCCAGACACAGUGGAGCUAGUAGAGCCUGAGGAGGAGCCCAAAGGCCAGAAACCCACCUCCACGCCACCCAGCACCCCGAUCAGAGCAGACGAAGAGUCCUUACCUGAACAAACCUAUAAGGAUGAGAGCGACGCAGCCACCCUGAGACAGACCCUCCCCGAUUUAACGCCCGAUGACCCCUCCGACGCCCCAGCACUUCCUGCCGAGGACACCGCCCCUGCCCCUGCUGCUGCCGCCACCACCGCGGACGCAGAGGCAGCUGAGGGGGAGGAAGCCGCUGACGCUGGCGACCAGGAGGGUGACGAGUCUCCCAGCAAAUCUCCCUCCAAAAAGAAAAAGAAGUUCCGCACUCCUUCCUUCCUGAAGAAAAACAAAAAAAAGACAGAUUCCUAGAUUGGAGAAUGUUGGAUCGGUCCUCCUGGCUGGCCUCUGCCUCUUUUCAUUGCCGCUUUUUGUCUGCUGUCAUUGCACCCUUCGAGCAAGCCACAGUUACACAGUUAUGCUUUUUCGUUGUUUUGAUAUUAUUUGUCGCUGGCUUAUUAACCUAUUUUUCCUCGUUAGCGUGUGCCAAUUUUGUAUACAGUGUAAAAAUGAUUGAUUGCAUAAAGGUUUUUAAUUAUUAGAGGCUUUUAGUUGUGAGUGAGUGAUACAUUCUGUCUUGUCCACUCCAUCUGGCCUUUAAUGCAUGUCUAUUACUACAGGCCCACGCGCUCAAUGUGAGGUUUUAGGGUUUUAUCACCCUCAUUUUUUUUUUUAAAGCAAAAUGGUAUUAUUAAACUGUUGUAACCACUAGAAUGUAUUGGGAUUGUAUCAAAAAAAUAUGUCCAAGUGUCUUUUAAUAACAGUGAAUGCAGAAAGAGAAGCUAACCUCUCAUUCGGCUGGUGGUAAAUUUUGACAAUGAGAAUUAUAAAUUCGCGUAGAGCUAAAUUUACCUCUGAAGCUGCACUGAAGUGAUUACAUGUUAGCAGGCCAGGAAAAAUACAGUCAUACAAAGUCCAUGUUAUUGUUUCCAUAAUCCCAUAUUUUGAAUAAAUCAUCCAGAAGAAGCUAAAUGACAUCUGGGUGUUGGUUGACUUUUCCUAUUUUUUUUAAAACCUCAAAAUCGUCAUUUGUCACAGCCUUAACUUACAGGUAUGUUGUAUAGUUCUUCGGAUCUUUAAAUGACGUGGACGUUUGGUUUAAUAUUACUCAAACUGGAUUAAUCUGCAGAUGAACGCUAUCGAGUCAUCCCAGAAAGUGUCGGCGAGCAUCGUCUUGACGGGUUGAUGAUGAAAUGAGUAUGAAGGAAUGUGUGUGAACAAUUUCUCAGUUCAUGUUUUUCAUUUAUUCUAAUGAUAUGAGCUUUGUUUUUGCAUUUUGCCCCUGGGUUUCUUUCUGUCUCUGAAAGUCAGAAACAGGCAGAAAUGCUCUAUAUUUUCUGAGUUUACAUAUUUCAUUUUGUUCUCAAUUAUGUCAUUUUGCUUUUUUUUUUUUUUUUUUUUUUAAAUUGCGCUUUUUCUUGCAAAGUAGAUUGAGCCAUGAUUGUGCUUGCGGUGAGAGAGCACUGUGAACCCUCCUCUUUUAUAAACCACUGUCUGGGAUCUCAUACCACACACUGCUUUUUAGGUAGUCUUAUCAUAAACACAGUUGUUACAGUUGUAAAUGACAAUGUCACUGUUAUGAAAGCUGCAUGAUCAAUUAUAUUUCCGAUCUUGGAAUUUUCCUGUGUGAAACUCCACUCUGAGCAGACCGACUUUGCCACUGAAUACUUUGUGUGUUUCCAGCUGCAGUAAAGACACAAUGUACACUGGAGAAGCAACUCUCUUAUUUUUCUCUCAUGUUGCUGAUUGCGAAUGAGCUGUGCUUAAGGUUGCAGGGCAUUAAUACCAAGGCCAUCUCAUCACGUUGCUUCCUAACUCGUGUUUUGUCAUACAGUUUUAGUCUUGUGGUGAUUGGAAAGGCAACACUAACAGGAAACUAAUCUGAGAUGCUGGUGUAUCCAAAUCUUCACAUACAAGCACAGAAUGUCUAACUCCUGAAGGACUGCAUGUGAAGAGUGCUUAGAGUGCAUACUGUCCUUUAAAUGACUAACUACCCCUUUUAUUUGAAUUAUAUUUUAUUUUAGCUUUAGCGUUCCGAUAACAGUACUAAAGUCCUUGUAACCAUGUUAUCAUUUAAGUCAACCAGAGAUUUUUUUUAUUAUUUUAUUUUAAAUCUCACAGCUAUGCUGAUUUGUAUUCUGUCUGAUCUACUUCCAAAUUGAAUUGUCUCAUCAUUAAACCAUCUAUGGACUUAAAACUUCCACCUAUCUUUUCUCAUGGUUCUGCCUCUUUCACAGCCAUGAAUAAAAACACUACCAUGUAAGUCA